UAACAUGUGCAUUCAUAACUAACUGUCUAACUACGCAUUAGUCAAUAACCAUUCCUUAGUUUUCAUAUUUAUCUAUUUAUUUUAUUGUUCUUAAGGGCCUAUAUGGCUCCAGAGUAUGCAACGCGUGGGUGUUUGACUCCUUUGGCAGACGUUUAUAGUUUUGGAUUGGUGGCCCUAGAACUUGUUAGUGGAAAACCCGUCAGGCAGAGCUUUGCCGACGAUCCCAAUAUAUCCGUUUUUGAUAAGGCAUUUGUUCUAAAAGAUAUGAAAGGAGACCUACUAGAUCUGGUUGAUCCAGACCUUGGGAAUGAGUACUCUCCUGAAGAAGCAUUGCGUAUUUUAAAUGUGGCCAUCUUAUGCAUGGGGUCAUGCCCCCCCCCCCCCCCUCAGACCAACCAUGCGUGA